AUGUCUGAUCACAAUCUCUUGAAUUGGCCUCAACAUGAAUCCCCGAACAACAGCUACGAGAUGCAGCAAACCGUGGGCAACAAGUACGGCUUCGAGUCAACCUACCAACUUAUCAGUCCUUACCCCUCGAAUCAAAAUUGGAAGCCUAGCUUCUUCAAGAGUAUUCCGUGGUCCGGCCUUGCUGGGAUUGUCGUUGCCAUUGUCUCUGCUGCAGGCAUUAUCGCCACUUUGUCUUCGGCCAGCGGAAAGGAGGUCGAUUCAUGGCCGACUCAAGAUAGACCAAUUCAACUAGCGGUGGCACUCGCCGUCCUUACCGCCAUCGCCAACAUCGGGCUUGGUGUCGCUUUCCAUGAAGGCAGAGCACUCACCUGGUGGAUCAAAAUGUCUCAAGGCGCGACGCUCGCAGAAAGCCAUCGCUAUUGGGAACACGGUUCGAGUGCCUUUCAGUCAGUCUUGGGACUAUUGCGCCUAAAUGUCAGCAAGAUCACACUCGUGUCAAUUCUGAUGGCAGUCACCAUUGCCAAUGGACCUCUGAUUCAACGAGCAGCCCGCAUCAUGCCUGACACUCGCACGCAGCCGGCAACCUUCCACGCUGCUCUUUCGACAGGCCAGUUCAGUCAGCCAACAGGACUCUACAUGACCCGGGCACAUGCUCUUAGUACUCUGAUAACCAACUUCUCACGUAUCUUACGCGCCUACACCAACCAGGAUCCUAUCAAGCUCGACCUUGAGGGCUGUCAAGGCACUUGCUCAGGUGUUCUCGUCGGUGCAGGCUUUGAUAUCGACUGCACUCGCAGCAGUCAGAGCUAUUUCAUCGAUAAAAAGCCAGGCGAGUCGUGGGUGGUUGGCGGCAUUCAGAUUACCGACAACGGCCUUAACGUCCCAACGAUGUUGCAUCUCGACACUACUUACAAGGGAGCGAUCGGCGACGAAGGAGACCUCACCGUGACAACCUGUAUCCUACACAGCGCAAUAGUCCGGUAUCCUUUCAGCUACGCCAAUGGCACUGUUACACUCCGAGGGUCCAGUCCAACCGUGGACGGGAUAGUCAAUCGGACCGAGAAGCUAAUGUAUCCCAAUAUGGAGACUUCGGGUUUGGGAACAUGGCCGUCGUUACUCGGAGGCUUUUCAUUCGCCCUUUCCUCCAUGUUCAGUAGCAAUGUGACUCUUUACUUUACGGGUAUCCUAGCCCUGCAAGGUAAAGGACCCAUGGGCUAUACUUACAUGAACUCGAGCGACGCUGAAAUGGGAACAACAAACAUGACUUGGUCUGAUCCGACGCCACCCAUCCUCGAAACCUUCCGUGAGCUGGCCUUCCGUACAGCGAUAACCUUCUCCAACUCGACCUUUAAGCAGGCGGUUCAAGGGUCACAAGUGCGAACUACGACCAAGUACGCCAUCAAUAAAGAAUAUCUUGCUGCAUCGCUAGCUACUACUUUUGCUGGCGCCGUGGCCGUCAUGUUUCUAUAUCACGGCUUCUGGCGCCUUGGUCGACCUGUAACUAUGAGUCCUCUAGAGACAGCUAAUGCAUUCCAUGCACCGGUGAUACAUAGCGUAGACGGACUCAAGACAGCGGAUGAUCUCGGAAGACACUUCAAGAAUACAGUGGUUAAAUAUGAGAUUGGAGAAGGGAAGAUAAUAGCCAGGGGGCAAUGA